AUGGCAGCUUAUAUCGAAGUAGCAGCCAGCUGGCUGUUCAAAAACUAUAAAGGAAGAGAUGCAAAAGCCUUCUUCACCACUCCUGCGUUCUCUCAACUGCCAGAGCCUACGCUGUCAGUCACGUCUCCGGAAUGCGGCCCAGAUGGUGCAACUCUCGGAAUAGAGUACAUGCACCAAGGUCAAGGGAGGUUCCCUCAGCUACAAUGGGACUCUCACCAAGGUGUAAGAGAAUGGCUGCUCGUAGCUGAAGACCCGGAUGCGCCAUUACCAACCCCGAUUUGCCAUGGAAUAUACCUGGGAGUACCUACCAACAAGACGAGCGUCUCCAGCAGUGAUUUCCAACCCAUUGAUGAAACCUCCCCCAAACUUGCAGCAGGUUUCUACUACGGAGCAAGUCGUAGCGGGAUGGUUUAUAUCCCACCACGGCCUCUUCUCAACCACGGAAUUCAUCGAUAUUGGUUUGAAGUCAUUGGUUUGAAUGAACCACUGAAUGAGAAGUUGAUUACCUCAAAGCCAACUAGAGACCAAGUUGCAGAGGCCAUUCAGGGCAAGGUUGUUGUUUGGGGGAAGUGGAUGGGUCAAUGUGAAAGGCGAUGGGAAUGA